UACUUUAUAAGAGCCGUCAAGUUGUCAGUGGUUUCUGUUUUCAUUCAUUCGUGGGUCAGAUAUUAUCCGCCUACAGGAGCGAGAUGUUCAGUGAAUAAUUUGUAAUUAGGAGGUGACUGAAAAUGGAGCAGUAAUUAUACAUCUGUUACUAGACCAGUGGAAUAAAUCAACCGCUCACAAGCUAGACGAUCAACAGCCCUUCAAGAUGCGUCCGGACAUUACGUGCGCCUCCAUUGGUGAGGGCAAUCUUCUACUUUUCUGCCUUCAUGAGCUGCAAUCUAAAAACAUCUCAAUCAACGUCGUGUUUACGAACAGCGAGGGGUCCGAGGCGUUUUGCAUACAGAACGGGAUCCCAUGCUACAAAAGAAACGCGAACUUGGUUGAAAUCUUGGAGAGGUUCGAAACUGACUAUUUGUUUAGCAUUUCAAAUCCUACAAUUCUGAAAAAUGACGUUCUGAAGCUUCCACGGAGAGAGACCAUCAAUUACCAUGAUAGCCCCCUUCCAGCGUAUGCUGGUGUUCAUGCUACUUCGUGGGCAAUCAUGCGCGGUGAGAAGACGCACGGUAUCAGUUGGCAUGUUGUCGAGGUUGGCAUCGACACCGGAGACAUCCUAGAGAGCGAGGCCGUAGACAUCCUGGAAGAGGACUCCGCACUGACCUUAAAUCUGAAAUGCAUUGAGGCCGCCAAGCGAGCAUUUGAACGUCUGACAAACGACAUCGUCUGCAAUAAGCUACAGUAUAGGAAACAAGACGAGAGCGACCGAUCCUACUUCGGGCUGUAUGCCAUCCCGCCGGACGUCGGUGUUUUGAAGUUCACAGAAGAUGUCGACACAAUCUACAAUUCUGCAAGAGCAUUAGAAUUCGGACACCACGACAAUGCGCUAGGCAGUCCAAAGAUUAAAACAGCAAACGGUACAUGUUUCAUUGUAACGAACGUGUCAAAGGCUCCACUUAGCUCCAGAACAUCCCAUUCAGCACCCGGAACUAUUUUGGAUGUAUUCGAUGAUACUGUUGUUGUUGCUACAAAGACCGAACCGAUUCAAGUAUCUGUCGCGGAUCUCCAUGGCAACCACAUUCCACAAAACAGAUUCAAGGACUAUUGCUUAGAGGUUGGUCAUGCCCUGGACAGCCGUUUUGAUGGAAACGAAGCCGAUCUGUUAGCCUUCCGAAAGAAAGAAACCUUUUGGAGAAACAAGAUGGUACAUUACGAGCCGACCAUGUUUUAUCGCCAGAAGAUGAAUGUCGUAGCCAGCAUCAUUAAUUUUUCGAAUAAGAUAGCGGUAAAGUCGGUGGUCAUUGACUUAAAAAGAGCAAUGCUUGAGUCUCCAUGCGUAGAAGAGUACAGUACAUUUUUGCAAACCUGCUUUGUUGCCUUUUUAGCAAGAAUCAACUGCACAUCGACGGUUCAUGUUGGUAUACUCGCCGACAAGAAAUCCAUUCCUAACGACUGCCAAGACCUGUACAGCAGCAUUGCUCACUGUACCUUUAAUUUGGACUGCAGCGCCAGGACAAACGAUGUUAUCGACAAAUGCAUGCGAGAAAUACAGCAAUACAAAGACGCAGGGACUUACUUACACGAUAUGUUUUACAGAUAUCCUGUGCUCAGGGGCACCCGAAGAUUCCCUCAUCACAAUAUCGUGAUGUCAGGUCCGCGACCUAGCAGCCUGACAGAUGGUAAACUACAAGACAUUCUAUUCGAUUGCAACGUCUUGUUAUUCUUUGGCGACAAGAAUGGCACCGAACUACAGGUAAUGUACCACGAGAGACCAGCGCAGGACUUCAGCCACAUAACUGAUGUCCUACAACAUUUCUCAACAUUUUUGAAUGAGAUGUCGGACGCUAAAGAAAGCCAACCCUUGCAGAGCAUAUCCUUGGUAACUUCAAGCGACAUGGACAAGUUCUACGCUGUCCCUGGUAACAUUCAGACAAAAGAGGAGACACAAGAAAGCCUCGCUGGUUUGGUAGAUAAACAAUGUCAACUUACUCCAAUGAGUAUCGCAAUAAAAUCCACGACUUCUAUGAUGACAUACAAUAAACUUUCAGCAGAAAUAAACGCACUUGCUAACAAAAUAACUGAACGUGCCAAAUGCGCACGAGACUGUUCAAAACAAGUAAUUGGUAUUCACAUGCCAAAUUCCAUUGCGUAUACUGUAACACUUCUUGCAGUGGUUAAAAGCGAGCACGCAUUCCUCCCGCUACCGAUAGACCUUCCGGCAGACCGAAUUGUCUUCACACUGAAAGAUGCUAUGGUAAGAAAAAUGCUGAUGACGAAAGAAGUGUAUAGCAAAUGUGACCUGAAUGGAUUGACCCCAUCAAUGUCCGUCAGUUUUGAACAUCAAAUACUUGAUAAGACUGUGGUAAUGGUUGAAUUUGGCUCUGAGAAAAAUGACAAUAAAAUAUAUAUAAAUGGACAAAACGAUUACAGUGACAUAUUUAAUGGACAAAGUCCUUCAAAGAAUCGAAAGGACCAUCACGACGUCAAAGAAAAUGACUUCUUGUACCUGAUGUACACUUCUGGGUCAACUGGAAGACCAAAAGGUGUAAAAGUAAAGGAAUCAGGUGUUAUUAACCUGUCACGAGCCCAAAUAAUGUGCUGGGAUCUUGUUCCUGGUGACGUCAUUGCACAGUUUGCGUCGAUAGGUUUCGACGCUUCUAUUUCAGAGAUCUUCACUUCCAUAUUGUCCGGCUCAACACUGGCAGUUCUUGGUUCUACUGAACGUCUUGGAAGCGAAUUCGUAUCUGCGAUAACAAAAAUGAAAGCGUCUGUUAUUACUUUGCCGCCAUCAGCGCUCAACAUUUACUCGCCAGAUGACUUGCCAACGUUAAAGAAGGUUGUCACUGCGGGGGAGGCGUGCACAUUGAACAUUGCAAAUAAGUGGACCUCACACGGAGGAAUAAGGUUCUUCAAUGCAUAUGGGCCAACAGAAGGUACAGUCUGUGCAACUUGCUACGAACAUUUUGCUGACACCAGAUAUGAAGAUGUGAACCGCGAACUUCCAAUUGGUCGCGCUAUCGACGGAGUUCAAGUUUACAUUUUUGAUGCAUACAUGCACCCAGUUCCUCCAGAUGUUGUGGGCGAAUUAUGCAUCGGUGGCAAGGGUCUUGCGCAUGGAUAUAUUGGGCAUGCGUCGCAUUUUACGAAGGAGAGAUUUGUUCAGAAUCCUCUGGUUAAGACCAAAUCCCUACUCUACAAGACUGGAGAUCAUGCAUUUCAAGAUUCCGAUGGUAACAUCACAUACGUUGGCAGGACAGAUGACCAGGUGAAGAUUCGAGGCAAUAGAAUUGACCUCAGUGAAAUAGAGCAAGUUCUUAUUCAACACCCAAAGGUGGAGAUGGCUGUGGUAGUGGUUCACAAAUGCUCUUCCACCAGCGAUCUAUCUGUAGCGGCGUAUGUUGCGCCAACAUUCAUCUACAUAUCAGAGCUUCGUGAAUACCUCGCAAAGGUCAUCCCAAAGUACAUGAUGCCAACAUUUAUACAGAAGCUUGAGGUGAAAGACUUUCCUCAAACGGUAAACGGUAAAAUAAACAGAAAGAAGCUCGAACAAGAUGAAAUUGUGCACGACCAACAGGUGAAUGAUGGUCACAGCCACCUGAAUGACAUGCAGUUGACAGUUGCCCGACUGUGGUGCAGGGUUUUUAAAUUUGACGAGUCAUUUGUCUACUCACUUCACCGUCAAAGUUCCUUUAGCGAACUUGGAGGAAAUUCUCUUCAGUUAGUUUUGUUGAUGAGGGUGUUGGAAGACGAGUUUAACUUUAAAAUUUCCUUCACAGACCUUGGGUCAGCAGAUACACUUGAAGAGUUUUCAGAUGUAAUUAGAAGAAGACGAGAUAUGCAAGCCAAAAGCGAGAUAGAGAUUGCCGAUUCAGUGACAGAUUUGAGGACCAUGAUUUACCACGACUCAGAGCUUGAUAGCAAUUUUGUUGCCAAUCCGGAACGACGUCGGUCCAUCCAUCUUUUGGACUUUUCUUCCAUGACAUGCAAAAUGGGAACAUCGAAGCAUCCGAAGAACAUUCUUUUAUCCGGGGUUACAGGCUUUCUUGGAGCCUUUUUGUUGUCUGAGAUCAUGGAGCAGUCGAAUUCUCAUGUUUGCUGUAUGGUACGAGAAACUACGGAGACUCGAGGCAUCGGAAGAAUUAUCGAAAACAUGCGCAAUUAUGGGCUUUGGAAGUUUGAGUACGCGCCGAGAAUUGCUGUGGUUUUGUCUGACCUGUCGCUAGAAAAUCUUGGAAUAGCGCCGGAUAUAUAUAAGUCGUUGUGCAACGCAAUCGAUGUUGUUUUCAUGAACGCUGCUAUGAUGAAUUUCAAUACACCAUACGAAGACCAUAGAGUUGCCAAUGUCAUUGGUACAAAAGAGUUCAUUCGUUUUGCCACGACUGGGGUUCAAAAAUACCUGUUCACGACGUCUUCGCUUAGCGUAUUUUUGUUCCCAGAUGUGAAGAUUGGAAAGGAUGGCCAAAGACUUGUGCUAAGUGAGUCCGACUUUAUGGAAGAUCCCCUUAACCUAGAAGGCGGUUAUGCACAGAGCAAAUGGGCAAGUGAGCGUCUUGUGCUUCAAGCUCUGGAUUCUUUACCUGGUGGAGCAAUUUUCCGACCAGCCCGCGUCUCUGGACAAAGUAUAGAUGGUGUCGGUCCGAAAAACGAUUUAUUUGCGAGCAUCAUGCUCGGCAUGUCUAAAAUGGGCUCAUAUCCAGACAUGGACUUCCCUUUUGACUUGACACCCGUCGACUUCUGCGCUAAAGCGAUGAUCGAGAUCACCUUAAAAAUUUGCAACGAGGACGAAAGCCAAAGUAUGCCUCGUGUGUAUCAUCUGUUUAAUCGAGAUACUAUUGAAUUCCGCGAACUGUUCGAUGGGAUGGACAUGCAGCCACUUCCGCUUGACGACUGGAGAUGUCAGCUGCGGAAGUUAGAAGGGAACAAAGAGCUGCUGCCUCUGACACCUUUCUUCAUGUCGAACUUUUGGGAUAGAGCCCCGGACUGGCCAAUCUUCGACACGGCCAAUACGGACGCUUAUACGUCAAACCAUUCCAAGGGCCUUCUGAAAUCUACAAAAGAACUGUUGCCAAUUUACAAACGCUACUUUGGUUUGUAAAGGAUAUGACUCGCGAUUCUUUUGACGAAUGCAUCGAUGUGUAUUGUUCAAUGUUAUGAAGAGAUGACAGUAGUAUCUCAAUAUCAGUUAAACAUAUAGUAUCAAAUAUAAGACGUUGAGUGUGUCGAUAGGACACGUAUGACCAUGAUUUACACAAGUGUAAAUAUGUAAAUAAUAACAUAGACAUAUGUAUAAAGGUAAAGAUAACAGAGAUCGUAUCCAAACUGUGAGCGUGUAUAACUAAUUGUGUAUUGACACAGUUCUUAUUCGGAAUAUUUACAAAACUUUCAUAACUAGUUUUACUGUAUAUAAAUUGUUAACAAUAACUGACUAUUUUUGUAAAUAAAUAAUUGCGAGUUUUUAGCUUGGGCGUAGCCCGUACACCACGUUUGUCUGUGAUCUUGUUUAAUGUGAUGUUUAAUUUAUUAUAUGUAAAUAUGCAUUUUGUCGGCUUAAUUUGACCCAUUUAACACUUUAUAUAUAUUCAGCUCAACGAAUGCAAUUGUAAAUAACUAAGGAGAAGGUCCGUUAAACCAAUGUUCCAAUACGUAACUUGAACGUUUUUUCCAACAAAAUGAUUUUAAUAUUAUAAAGUAAACGAUGCCAAUGAAAAGAAAGAAAAUGUGUCGUUUCCAAGUGAAGCAAACAUCGUGUCAUAAAUUCACCAUUUUUCUUUAAUAAUUGUAUUGAUCUUAUCUGACACACAAAUAAUUUAAUGUUUUUUUUUCAAAUAACAUAACAUCGUAGUUAGUAUAUGUGUUUAUUUUUAUUGUAGUUAUAUAGUGUAUGACUUUAUUAAAUCUUGUUUUAAUACAAUGAUUUUAUUAUUAACCAACUCCCUUAAUAUAUUUCUUAAGCUUCUGGUUAGUUCGUAUACAUGUAUUUUUAAAUUAUUGUUUCAAUUACGUUAAUAUUGCUAACAUGCGUAUUAGGUGUGUGUUAGUCAACAAUGUACAUUGCAUAGAACAUUUUAUCUAAAGAGUUCGCUGCAUUUAGGAUUUCCCAAUGAGCUGCAUGGGAACGGACUCAGACUUUAAAUUGUUUAAAAAAAACAUGUGAAAAUAAGGUAUAAUUAAAAAUCUAAUAAAUGUCAGUGAAUGAAUGAGCUUUGACUGAUUAAAUAAACAUUGCAGUGUUAUAUAUGUUUUAGAAAAUGGCUAAGCAUAAACUUUACAGCUUGUCUUAAAAUUAGCAUUCAUACUAAUUUGAUUUUCUGUCACAUUUUAUUUGGAUUAUUGAGUCUGUAAUGCAUUUAAAAUGAUAUGUUUAACCCAUGUUUAGCCUAUCGUCUAGAAAAAAGGCAUUGGCAACCAGCGUAGACCCAGCUGAGACGCCGCAUGAUGCGGCGCCUCAUCAGGGUCAACGCUGUUUGCUUAAAGGAAUUUCUGAAAGAAAUAUUCUAAAUAUAGAAAUAAAUAUACAAGACAUCCUUAAUUUUGGAAAUAAAUUGAUCCAAUUUAGAAGGAUGGGAGAGUCCACUAGGCAUAAAUGGGUUAAUCUCGUUAAGGCUUUCGAUGAGAAUAGGCUCGUCGCGUUGUAUGUGUUUCAAUUGUUCGCAGAACAAUUAUUAACUAUAAUGUAAUUUUUGUUAAAAUAAAGUAGCAAAAAUAAAA